CGCGGCCCGGCCGAGAGCGAAGAAAGAGCGAGCCAGGCCGGGAGAGGCGCCGCGCCUGGUCCCGCGCCCGCUCUGCGGCCGGACGAGGAUGUGCCGGGCUCCUGCUUACCCGCGUUCUGAUUAAGACGAUUUCCUUAGUAACCCGAUCAAGUGGCUCAGGAUCUCAAACCUGAGGAUUUCAGCGGCCAGCCGGCGUUGACCUCGGCCAGGUAUAAGGGAGCACUGUAUAUUUGUAUUAAAAUGGAGAAUUGCGAAGGAAGAAAAAGAUAGCAGUUGGAGUUAAUGUCCCUGGAAGAAGAGUGCAGUUAUGGGAAGUCAGCAUUAUAAAACGAUAUGCUGGUUUCAAAGGUCCUGAGAAACAUUUGCAAACUUUCUUCUCAUUCAACCCAUGGAUUUGUUAGAUGUUCCUUGGAGUGGAUGAAGUUUGGAGCUGGCGUGUGAUGGGACAUGUGGCAUGUCAGUGUUUUCCUAGUUGUUGCAUCUUGGAUUAGUUUGCUGCUGUUUUGAAGAGAUUACAUUUUGAAGGGCAAGGAUCUAAUGUGAUGGAUUUAGCUUCAGAAAUGAACAGACAUGGGAAGAAUCCGGUGAGUCACAAGCUGGAAGACCAGAAGAAGAUUUACACUGACUGGGCCAACCACUACCUAGCAAAGUCUGGCCACAAGAGGCUGAUCAAGGAUUUGCAGCAGGAUAUUGCAGACGGGGUCCUCCUCGCAGAGAUCAUCCAGAUCAUUGCAAAUGAAAAAGUUGAAGAUAUCAAUGGAUGCCCUAGAAGUCAGUCUCAGAUGAUUGAAAAUGUUGAUGUCUGCCUUAGUUUUCUAGCAGCCAGAGGAGUAAAUGUUCAAGGUCUAUCUGCUGAAGAAAUAAGAAAUGGAAACCUGAAAGCCAUUUUAGGACUGUUUUUCAGUUUGUCCCGUUACAAGCAACAGCAGCACCAUCAACAGCAGUAUUACCAGUCAUUGGUGGAACUCCAACAGCGAGUGACUCACACUGCCCCUCAGUCAGAAGCCAGUCAGGCCAAAACCCAGCAGGAUAUGCAGUCCAGUCUGGCAGCCAGAUAUGCACCUCAGUCUAAUCACAGUGGAAUUGCAACCAGUCAAAAAAAGCCUACUAGGCUUCCAGGGCCCUCUAGGGUGCCAGCCGCAGGCAGCAGCAGCAAGGCCCAGGGAGCCUCCAAUCUAAAUAGGAGAAGUCAGAGCUUUAACAGCAUUGACAAAAACAAGCCUCCAAAUUAUGCAAAUGGAAAUGAAAAAGAUUCUUCCAAAGGGCCUCAACCAUCUUCAGGUAUAAAUGGAAACACACAGCCUUCCAGCACUGCUGGGCAACCCCUUGCUUCUGCCAUCCCUUCCCCAAGUGCCAGCAAGCCCUGGCGCAGCAAGUCCAUGAACGUCAAGCACAGUGCCACCUCCACCAUGCUGGCUGUAAAGCAACCGAGCCCAACCACCUCUCCCACACCAACUUCAGACAGACUGAAGCCACCUGUCUCAGAAGGGGCCAAAAGUGCUCCCUCAGGACAGAAAUCUAUGCUUGAAAAAUUCAAGCUGGUUAAUGCUCGGACUGCAUUACGUACCCCACAGUCUCCCAGUUCAGGACCAAGUGAUGGUGGAAAGGAGGAUGAUGCCUUUUCUGAAUCUGGAGAACUGGAAGGUUUUAACAGUGGUUUGAAUAGUGGUGGCUCCACAAACAGCAGUCCCAAAGUGUCACCUAAAUUAACCCCUCCAAAAGCUGGAAGCAAAAAUCUCAGCAAUAAAAAGUCUUUGCUGCAACCGAAAGAAAAGGAGGAAAAGAACAGGGACAAAAAUAAAGCCUGCACUGAAAAGCCAGUCAAGGAAGAAAAGGAUCAAGUGACAGAGACAGCUCCAAAAAAGACCUCUAAAAUUGCCAGCUUGAUCCCCAAGGGCAGCAAGACCACAGCAGCCAAAAAAGAAAGUUUGAUUCCAUCCUCCAGUGGGAUUCCAAAACCGGGCUCAAAGGUGCCCACAGCAAAGCAAUCUAUUUCGCCUGGCAGUGCAGCAAACAAAGAGUCUGAGAAAUUCAGGACUACCAAGGGAAGCCCUUCCCAGGCCUUCCCCAAACCCACACCCACUGACAAAGCAAGCACACCCAGCUGUUCUGCUCCUCCAGAGGGAAGGGAGACUGGCCACGCAUCUCCCUCCAUUUCCUGUGCUGGCCAGGUAGCACAUAGCAGCGGACAGAGCACUGGAAAUGGAGCUGUCCAGCUUCCUCAGCAGCAGCAACAUAGUCACCCCAACACUGCCACAGUGGCUCCAUUUAUUUACAGAGCACAUUCAGAAAAUGAAGGAACCUCUUUACCAACUGCUGACUCUUGUACCAGCCCAACAAAGAUGGACUCAUCCUAUAGUAAGACUGCUAAGCAGUGCCUGGAAGAGAUAUCUGGUGAAGACCCUGAAACUAGAAGAAUGAGAACAGUUAAGAACAUCGCAGAUUUGAGGCAGAACCUGGAGGAGACCAUGUCUAGUCUUCGUGGGACGCAGAUAAGCCACAGCACCCUGGAGACAACAUUUGACACUACAGUGACAACAGAAGUGAAUGGAAGGAGUAUCCCCAACCUGACAGGCCGGCCCACUCCGAUGACCUGGAGGCUGGGCCAGGCAUGUCCUCGUCUUCAAGCAGGAGACGCCCCCUCCAUGGGUGCCGGCUACCCUCGCAGCAGUACCAGUAGAUUCAUCCACACAGAUCCCUCCAGGUUCAUGUAUACCACGCCUCUCCGCAGAGCCGCUGUCUCAAGGCUGGGAAACAUGUCACAAAUUGACAUGAGCGAGAAAGCAAGCAGUGACCUAGACAUGUCUUCUGAAGUGGAUGUUGGUGGAUACAUGAGUGAUGGAGAUAUCCUUGGGAAGAGUCUGAGGGCUGAUGACAUCAACAGUGGAUAUAUGACGGAUGGGGGGCUUAACCUGUAUACUAGAAGUCUGAACCGACUACCAGACACAGCAGCUUCCAGAGAUGUUAUACAGAGAGGAGUUCAUGAUGUGACAGUGGAUGCAGACAGCUGGGACGACAGCAGUUCCGUGAGCAGCGGGCUCAGUGAUACCCUGGAUAACAUCAGCACUGAUGACCUGAACACCACAUCUUCUGUCAGCUCUUACUCCAACAUCACUGUCCCUUCCAGGAAAAACACUCAGCUAAAGACAGAUGCAGAGAAACGUUCUACAGCAGAUGAGACCUGGGAUAGUCCUGAGGAGAUGAAGAAGACAGAAGAUGACUUUGAUAGUCAUGGUGAUGGAGGUGGCAAGUGGAGGGCUGGGACCUCGGGACUUGCUGAAGACCCGGAGAAGACAGGGCAGAAAGCAAGCCUGACUGUGUCCCAGACAGGCUCCUGGAGAAGAGGCAUGUCUGCCCAGGGAGGAACACCUGCAAGGCAAAAAACGACGGGCACAAGUGCACUCAAGACUCCCGGGAAGACAGAUGAUGCGAAAGCUUCUGAGAAGGGGAAAACCCCUCUGAAAGGAUCGUCCCUGCAGAGGUCUCCUUCAGAUGCAGGGAAAAGCAGUGGAGAUGAAGGGAAGAAGCCCCCGUCGGGCAUUGGGAGAUCCACUGCCACCAGCUCUUUUGGAUUUAAGAAGUCCAGCGGAGUAGGGUCCUGUGCUGUGAUCACCAACAGUGGAGCGACCAUAGCCAGUGGUUCAGCCACACUGGGGAAAAUUCCCAAGUCCGCUGCCAUUGGGGGAAAGUCAAACGCAGGGAGGAAAACCAGCCUGGAUGGGUCCCAGAAUCAAGAUGACGUUGUCCUGCAUGUAAGCUCGAAGACCACUCUCCAGUACCGGAGUUUGCCCCGCCCUUCCAAGUCCAGCACUAGCGGCAUCCCUGGGCGCGGUGGUCACAGAUCCAGUACCAGCAGCAUUGACUCCAAUGUCAGCAGCAAAUCAGCAGGGGCCACCACCUCCAAACUGAGAGAACCAACUAAGAUAGGCUCAGGCCGCUCCAGUCCUGUCUCUGUCAAUCAAACAGACAAGGAGAAGGAGAAAGUAGCAGUUUCAGAUUCAGAGAGUGUUUCUUUAUCAGGUUCCCCCAAAUCCAGCCCCACCUCUGCCAGUGCCUGCGGCACACAAGGGCUCAGGCAGCCAGGGUCCAAAUAUCCAGAUAUUGCCUCACCUACAUUUCGAAGGUUGUUUGGUGCCAAGGCAGGUGGCAAAUCUGCCUCUGCACCUAAUACUGAGGGUGUGAAAUCCUCUUCAGUAGUACCCAGCCCUAGUACCACAUUAGCGCGGCAAGGCAGUCUGGAAUCACCAUCGUCUGGUACUGGCAGCAUGGGCAGUGCUGGCGGGCUGAGUGGCAGCAGCAGCCCUCUCUUCAAUAAACCCUCAGACUUAACUACAGAUGUUAUAAGCUUAAGUCACUCCUUGGCUUCCAGCCCAGCAUCGGUUCAUUCUUUCACAUCAGGUGGUCUUGUGUGGGCUGCCAAUCUGAGCAGUUCCUCUGCUGGCAGCAAGGACACUCCGAGUUACCAGUCCAUGACUAGUCUCCAUACGAGCUCUGAGUCCAUUGAUCUGCCCCUCAGCCAUCAUGGCUCCCUUUCUGGACUGACCACAGGCACUCACGAGGUGCAGAGUCUGCUCAUGAGAACGGGUAGUGUGAGAUCUACUCUCUCAGAAAGCAUGCAGCUUGACAGAAAUACACUACCCAAAAAGGGACUAAGAUAUACACCAUCAUCUCGGCAAGCCAACCAAGAAGAGGGCAAGGAGUGGCUGCGUUCCCAUUCCACUGGAGGGCUGCAGGACACCGGCAACCAGUCACCCCUGGUCUCCCCUUCUGCCAUGUCAUCUUCCACCACAGGAAAAUACCACUUUUCCAACUUGGUGAGUCCAACCAACCUGUCUCAAUUUAACCUUCCUGGACCCAGCAUGAUGCGUUCCAACAGCAUCCCUGCACAAGACUCUUCCUUUGACCUCUAUGAUGAUGCCCCACUUUGUGGUAGUGCCACUUCUCUGGAGGAAAGGCCACGUGCCAUAAGUCAUUCAGGAUCAUUCAGAGACAGCAUGGAGGAAGUUCACGGCUCUUCGUUAUCAUUGGUCUCCAGUACCUCGUCUCUUUACUCCACGGCUGAAGAAAAGGCUCAUUCAGAGCAAAUUCAUAAGUUACGGAGGGAGCUGGUCGCAUCACAAGAAAAAGUUGCUACACUUACAUCUCAACUUUCAGCAAAUGCUCACCUUGUGGCAGCUUUUGAAAAGAGUUUAGGGAAUAUGACUGGUCGGUUGCAAAGUCUAACCAUGACAGCAGAACAAAAGGAAUCUGAACUUAUAGAACUACGGGAAACCAUUGAAAUGCUGAAGGCCCAGAACUCUGCAGCCCAAGCAGCCAUUCAGGGUGCGCUGAAUGGUCCAGACCAUCCUCCAAAAGAUCUCCGCAUCCGAAGACAGCAUUCCUCUGAAAGUGUUUCUAGUAUAAACAGUGCCACAAGCCAUUCGAGCAUUGCCAGUGGUAAUGAUGCUGACUCAAAGAAAAAGAAAAAGAAAAACUGGGUGAACUCUAGAGGAAGUGAGCUGAGAAGCUCUUUCAAACAAGCCUUUGGGAAGAAGAAGUCCACGAAGCCUCCUUCUUCACAUUCGGACAUUGAAGAGCUUACAGAUUCCUCCUUGCCAGCAUCUCCCAAGCUCCCCCAUAGUGCUGCUGACUGCGGUUCCACAUCCAUGAAGCCCUCUCAGUCUGCGUCAGCGAUCUGCGAAUGCACAGAGGCUGAGGCAGAGAUCAUUCUGCAGCUCAAGAGCGAGCUCAGAGAAAAGGAAUUAAAAUUGACAGAUAUACGACUGGAGGCCCUCAGCUCAGCUCAUCAUCUUGAUCAGAUCCGGGAAGCCAUGAACCGCAUGCAGAAUGAAAUUGAAAUACUGAAGGCUGAAAACGACCGUUUGAAAGCUGAAAGUGGAAACACAGCAAAACCUGCUCGGCCUCCUUCCGAGUCCUCAAGCACUGCGUCCUCUUCUUCCUCGCGCCAGUCCUUAGGGCUUUCGCUCAACAACCUCAACAUCACAGAGUCUGUUACCUCAGAUAUUUUGCUAGACGAUGCUGGUGAUACCACUGGACAUAAGGAUGGCCGCAGUGUGAAAAUUAUAGUCUCUAUAAGCAAGGGCUAUGGUCAAGCAAAGGACCAGAAGUCUCAGGCAUACUUAAUAGGAUCCAUUGGUGUUAGUGGAAAAACCAAGUGGGAUGUCUUAGAUGGUGUCAUUAGACGUCUCUUUAAGGAAUACGUGUUCCGAAUUGAUACAUCCUCUAGUCUUGGUCUGAGCUCUGACUGUAUUGCCAGCUACUGUAUAGGAGACUUAAUUAGAUCCCAUAACCUAGAAGUGCCUGAACUGCUGCCUUGUGGAUACCUUGUUGGAGAUAAUAACACCAUCACUGUGAAUCUGAAAGGUGUAGAAGAAAACAGUUUGGAUAGUUUUGUUUUUGAUACGUUGAUUCCUAAACCAAUUACCCAAAGGUACUUUAACUUGUUGAUGGAGCAUCACAGAAUUAUACUCUCAGGACCAAGUGGUACUGGAAAGACCUAUUUAGCAAAUAAACUUGCUGAAUAUGUAAUAACCAAAUCUGGAAGGAAGAAAACAGAGGAUGCAAUUGCUACUUUUAAUGUGGAUCACAAGUCAAGUAAGGAACUACAGCAAUAUCUAGCUAACCUGGCUGAACAGUGCAGUGCUGAUAAUAAUGGUGUUGAGCUUCCCAUUGUAAUAAUUCUUGAUAAUCUUCAUCACGUGGGCUCUUUGAGUGAUAUCUUCAAUGGUUUCCUCAACUGUAAAUACAACAAAUGUCCUUAUAUUAUUGGGACAAUGAAUCAGGGAGUUUCUUCAUCACCAAAUUUAGAGCUGCAUCACAAUUUCAGAUGGGUAUUAUGUGCAAACCACACAGAACCAGUAAAAGGUUUUUUAGGCAGGUAUCUUCGAAGGAAACUGAUAGAGAUGGAAAUUGAAAGGAACAUACGCAAUAAUGACCUAGUAAAAAUUAUAGAGUGGAUUCCUAAGACGUGGCAUCAUCUCAAUAGCUUUUUGGAAACACACAGUUCUUCUGACGUUACCAUUGGUCCUCGACUUUUCCUUCCUUGUCCCAUGGAUGUAGAAGGUUCUAGAGUGUGGUUCAUGGAUCUCUGGAACUAUUCUUUGGUACCUUAUAUUCUGGAGGCAGUGAGAGAAGGUCUUCAGAUGUAUGGAAAACGUGCACCAUGGGAAGAUCCUUCAAAGUGGGUGCUUGACACAUACCCAUGGAGUUCUGCAUCCCUGCCUCAGGAGGGCCCAGCAUUACUUCAGUUGCGACCAGAAGAUGUUGGGUAUGAGGGCUGCACAUCUACAAAGGAAGCCACAACAUCCAAGCACAUACCACAGACUGACACAGAAGGAGACCCCUUGAUGAAUAUGCUAAUGAAACUUCAAGAAGCAGCCAAUUACUCGGGCACGCAAAGCUGCGACAGUGGUGGCACCAGCCACCAUGAAGAUAUUUUGGAUUCUUCUCUCGAAUCCACCCUCUAGAGGGUGAAAAGUGUUGAGGGGAAAGACGAUGUUUUACAAAAGUGUUUUAAGACAGGUAUUUUCACUAAACCACUGCCAGUAUGAAAGUCCCCUGUCCAGGGCCCUGACCCAGUGUCUUGGUCUACAAGGAGAACUAAGUCGGAACUGCCAAGAUGCUAAAUUGAAAUGGGAGCUUAAUUUUAUUUUAUUUUUAGGCAUUUUUAUAUCCAUGGAGUUAGAGAUGUCUCCAUUACUCAACUGGAAAGGACCCUCACAGCAGGGCAACUGAGUAGAUUGCACAUGGGAUAGGGAAACUGGACUUUAUUUUCUUCCUCUUUCAAAGUUUACAACGCAGGCCUUUAUUUGUCCCUUAUCUUUUGUUCCCUCUGAGGGGCUGCCCCCUCAGACAGAGUCCAUUCUUCUGAUCCUUACGACCUCCUUUGUGCCACAUGGUGCUGGUGACAGGGCUCCAGUAGUGUUUGCGUUGUGCGCUCGCCCCAUUCCAGAAUGAAUCCAAGAGGCUAGUCCUCCAUAAGCACAAAUGGAAUUGUGCAACCACCAGGAAAACACUACUGUGGCAAACUGGGGGGUGGGGAGGGGGGUGGGCAGCGUCCUUCCAACUGCCAUGCUCUUGUGAAAUGCGCCACCAACUUUUUAGUGUUUGAGUCAUGGGUUUUAUAAGGUUGUUUUUACCCCAGUGGUCUUUUCAAACCACCUGCACACUCCCUGAACAAGAGUUUUAUACCAAUUAUUAGUCAACACUGACAAAAGGCUUUUUUAGGGCUUUAUUUGUUUGAGCCUUUUCAGUGAAAGAAGGAACAUUUCCUAUGGUGCUGUCUCACUGCCUUAAAACAGAUUUCUACAACAGUUUAACAGUUGGUUUCAAUCCUAAACCAUUGGUAAUUUCCACUGUCUUUCAUUUACAGCCAAGGAACACACCAGUUAACACAGUAGCCUCAUUUCUUCUAUAUAUUCUUUUCUUUUUUUCUUUUUCUUGGAGAAAUGGAUAGGAGAAAGAUCAGUAUUUUUAUCUUAUGAAUACACAGAUUUCUUGCCUAUCCUACAAAUGAUUCGAGAACCCCAGAACACUUCUUUGACCGUCACUUAAGAGACAUGUGGCUAAAUUCCAUCCAGCGUUUCAGAAGGUGGAGAUUUUGAAUUCAGGUCCAGCUGAGCUGGACGCCCUGGAUUCGGCAUGAGCACAACUAUUUGGCUUUUCCUUCCCUAUUCUUUAAUCUUUCAAAGGAAACAAUUAGUUUUGAUGCAUGUUGUUUUGAUUGCUAUUGUUGUACAUGAGAAAUUCAGCAUUAAGGAGCAAUGAUGCAGUAAGUCACUGUGGAAGAGGAAGCACUUAUACUGUAAAAGGUUAGAUUUGCACAGUCUACUGGGUAGGUAUUGUAAAUAAUUUUUUCAAACUUGCACAAAAUCAAAACAAACACAAACAAAAUUGUAUUUUAUCUUCUUGGUGUUAAGAGGUGUUUCACUUGCUGAGAUUUCCUCUACGUUGCAAACAAAUACAGAAUGCAGAUCCUCAAAGCUGUUAUUAUCUGGUGUGUUUGUCCUGUACCUACAGUUGUCAUGACUAUACAGGAGCUAUCAGCAGAAGUGGGCAUGCUUCCAAACUGUACAUGAAGCCAGUACAUCUUUGGAUACGUGAAACUGUCUGAAAGUACAUUUGUUGUGGCAGGCUUUAAAGAGAGUGCAUGAAAACUAAUCAGGCAUUGGAGAAGUGACUACCACCCACAGAGAAUGGUUUGAAGUUUAUGAAACCUAAGGUCUAGACCAUGGUGUAGACCUAGCUCUACGCCUGUGAAAAUAUGCACCUUUUAGGACAUGUCAUCGGUGCUACCCUCUGUGACCACCCGUGGGUCAGUUGCCGUAGAACAAACUUAACAACACAAGAUAUCUGUGUAGUUUUCAGAGUGUCACCAAGUCUAUAGGUUUUUACACGGUGCUAUUGCCCCGAGGGAAGUCUGAACUGAAUUUAUUUAUGGACAUAGAAGUGUCACUCUGACUUUGGAGCCUCAAACAUGGAUUAAAUCUGUUGUGCAACAUCAAUAUAUUUAGCUGGAUGAGUGACUAGUUGCCCUUGUAUGAUAUGUGAUCUAAGGAAAUUGCUAAUCUUUCCCUGCCAUUUUGAGAAACACAGUCCACACAUGAACAUAAACAGAACUUCCUGCAAUACAUCCCAGUAGGUACACCUAGUUUACACCUUAAACUAGUUUGUGAAACAUUUGUCUGUAUACAUUUUAUAUUUUGUACAUUUUUGAUGUAACAUACCAUGUAAAUAGGCAGAAACAGUGAAAGAAAUCAUCUGAAAAGUUUUGUAGUCUUUGUAAAGCCCCAACAAUAAGUACUUGGUGUCAAUGGACUUAACUGGAUGAUGUAUUUUCUAUUGGUUUAUUGUUCCUCUAGCUUGUAAGCCAGCUUGCAUAUAUUUUUUUGCAAAUGUGCACCCUGUAUCUGUCUAAAUUAUUACUUUGCCAUUAAAGUGGAAUUAUUUAUUGACAA